AUGAACAACUACGAGGUCGUCCGUCAGAUCGGGGAAGGUGCGUUUGGAAAAGCUUUCCUGGUCCGAGACAAAGGUGGAGGAGCGCAGUGUGUGGUCAAACAGAUCAGCCUCAGGAAGAUGUCGGCGAGGGAAAAGGAAGCGUCCAAGAAGGAGGCGACGCUGCUGUCCAAGAUGAAACACCCGAACAUCGUCGGCUUCAUCGGCUCAUUUCAAGAGAGAGGCAGCCUGUACAUCGUCAUGGAGUUCUGCGACGGAGGAGAUCUGAUGAAGAAGAUCCACAUGCAGAGAGGAAAUCCCUUCACAGAGGAUCAGAUCGUGGCCUGGUUCGUUCAGAUCUGCCUGGGCCUCAAACACAUCCACGACAGGAAGAUCCUCCACAGAGACAUCAAAGCUCAGAAUAUCUUCCUAACCGACGGAGGGAUGAAAGCAAAGCUGGGCGACUUUGGAAUCGCAAGAAUGUUGAAUAACACCAUGGAGCUGGCCAGGACUUGUGUUGGGACGCCGUACUACCUCUCUCCAGAGAUCUGCGAGAGUCGACCCUACAACAACAAGACAGAUAUCUGGUCUCUGGGCUGCGUCCUUUAUGAACUCUGCACACUGAGGCAUCCAUUCGAGGGCAGCAGCCUGCGACAGCUGGUCGGUAAAAUAUGCCGCGGCCGAUACGACCCGGUGCCCAGCCGCUACUCCUACGACCUCCGUCUGCUGGUCACGCAGCUCUUCAAGGUCAACCCUCGGGAUCGCCCGUCCGUCACCUCGGUCCUCCGGCGUCCCUUCAUGGAGAAGCACAUCAGCAAACAUCUGGACUCUCAGGUGAUGCAGCAGGAGUUUAGCCACUCGGUGCUGCACGGAAACAGAGCAGCGGCGUCACAACCUGCUAAAACAAGAACCACAGCAGCAAACACACCAGUCGUAAGGUCUUCACCUUACUAUGUUGAACGCUGUGAGACGGCAUAUGCUGCGAACUGCGCUAUAUUUAACGGUCAGCAGCCCGUCAGCCAUUACCAGCACUACUACGCUCAACUGGACGCCUUCGAGAGGAGGAACAAGGACGACGUUCUUCCUCCUCCUCCUCCUCCUCCUCUUCUAAAGGAGCGAUGUGAGGACCAAACUCCUCCUCCUGUGGAACCGUAUCAGCUUGUGGCUGCAGCUCGUAACGAAUACCUGCAGAGGAGGCAGGAGGCCAACCAGUACAAGCUGAGAGCAGAGAAGCAGCUGGGUUUGCGUCCGUCCACAGCUGAGAGCAGCAGGAAACCUGGAGGACAUCAGGACCAAGAAGCGGGCCAACCCGAACGCCAACCGACGCCUCAGGACAGGAGACAGGAGGGACAACAGGAGUACCUGAGACAGCUGGAUGUCAUCAGACAGCAGUAUCACCAGGAGAUGAGACAGAUGAGGCAGAGAGCUGAAGCAGAGGUUCAGCCUCAACAGAAACACGGGACGUUUGUGGUGGAGAAACUCAGCAACCCGGAGCCAGAAAGUAGAGAGCAGCAGGAAGCAGCACCUGCACAGGACGUUGAAGCAGCUCUGAAGCAGAUCAGCGAUCAGAGGACGCUGAAGAGAAAACAUAAAGACAAGAAAGGAAUCAUGUUUGAGAUCCGCUUAGAUGACGAAGAGACGAAAGAAAACCCACAAGAGGACAAAGAAGAGGACAAGGAAGUGGACCCUCUGAAUCAGACGCUGAGCUUCCAGGAAGGGGAGGAGUUGAAGCUCCGGGAUUGGCUGGAGGCGAGGAGGGGGUGGAGCCACAGGACUCCUCAGACUCUGCUGGAUGCUCUCGCCAACAUGGACGUCAACUCCGUCUACAACACUGCAGUCGAGGCGGAAGAAGGCGAGGAGGCGGCAGUUCGGCGUCAGUGGGUCGACGGACCUCCAAACACUCUGCUGAACCUUCUGGCUCAGGCUGAACUCAAAUCGUCGAGUCUGGACUCAGCAACCACAGAUUCAGAGCCAGAGAAGGACAAAACAGAGGAAGAAGAAGAGGAAGAAGAGGAAGAAGAGGAAGAAGAGGACGACUCAGACGUGGAGAUGGAUGAAGAGCGUCUGGAGCCGAGGUCGGACGACGACGACACGAACUUUGAGGAGUCGGAGGACGAGCUGCGGGAGGCGGUGGCCGACUCCAUGAGGAACCUGUUUGUGAUGGAGGACGAAAGCUCGGAUGACAACGUGACGGAGGCGACGGCUGAUGGGACAGAGGAGGAGGAGGAGGUGAAGGAGGAGGAUGGAGGGCCACUGAGCUCUGCAGAUCCUCGACAAAUCCAACCGGAGCUGGAGGAUUCAGCAGCAGCAGCAGCAGCACCAGUUGAAGGGGUUUCCUCUGAGCCCGAGUGUCCAGGCGAGUCCCAGACAGACGAUGACGCAGGUUUAAAUCAGCAGCAUCAGACCACCUGAGUGAGGAAAAACUGUAAAUCUUUAAUUCUGAGGGACAAUAAGACGGCAGCAACAGGGAUGUAGCUCCACUUCCUCUUUCAAGUCUAAUACAGCAAAUAAGUUAAAAAAGUUAAAUUGGAUGUUAACAAAUUUCAGUGAAGAAACCGAAAACUCCCUAACCCUAACUUAAAGGUAUCCCCUGAGGAGCUGAGAAAGAAUGUGUUCGUAGUUUUUAGCUUGAAGUAUGCACCAAGAUGCUGGUGAUGUGACGGAGACGCCUGCUGACAUGAACUCACAUCAACAGCUGCACGUAGUGUUUACAGAAAAUGUAGCAAUGAAAUAACAAAUGCAGGAUUAAAAAAUAAAAGAAAUAAGCUGUCAGCGCCCUCUGGUGGAGACACUCUACAACUUCUACAUUUCUGCAUUUGUGUAUUGGCAUUUCUAGUUACUCCUCAGCCUACAUAUGCAAAGAUGCAUCCGCUGUAGCUCGACAAAUUUAUCAGUCUUAGUCUAGGAAAGACUUUUGUUUUCAAGAAAACUCCACAAGGUCCCUUUAUCCAGCAACUGUCACCGUCCCACGAGCUGGUUUAUGGGGUCAAUGUGCUUCGAACAACUUCUUGCAAAGGGUUAAAUGACAAGAUGAGGGUUUAGAGGAUAAAAGAAAAAGAUAAGUCAUUAAGAUGAACUCCCAGACGUUGUUGUCAUGCCGUUGCACAAAUACAGAAGUUCAAACUGUUUCCUCGCCUUCACACAGCAAACCAGCCGCUGCUUGAAGUGUGUGAAAGUUUGUUUUGUUGUGAAGGAACAGUCAGUGUUGAGCUCACA